AUGGACAGGAACAGCUAUACCUGUGCUGUUACAGGAUAUGAGGAUUUCCGCUCUCUUCCAGUUUAUGCUCCAAAGCUUCUCUCUGUGUCAGUGAGUCCCUCUGGUGAAAUCAUUGAGGGCAGUUCAGUGACUCUGACCUGUAGCAGUGAUACUAACCCAGCAGCUAAAUACACCUGGUACAAGAAGAAUGUAAAUCCAGACCUUCAACCUCUCAGUAAAGAACCACAGCUUGUCUUCAGCUCCAUCCAGUCCUCUGACUCUGGAGAGUAUUACUGUACAGCUGAGAACCAGCUGGGGAAGAAGACAUCUGAAUACAUCAUUAUUGAUGUGAAAUAUGGUCCAAAGCUUCCCUCUGUGUCAGUGAGUCCCUCUGCUGAGAUAGUGGAGGGCAGUUCAGUGACUCUGACCUGUAGCAGUGAUGCUAACCCAGCAGCUAAUUACACCUGGUACAAGGAGAAUGAAGACUCACCAAAAGCAUCAGGACAGAUCUUCACCAUCACUGAUGUCAGACCUGAAGUGCAGGUGACAAGAAUAACAGUCAAUCAGUCUCAUUCAGAGGCAGAGCUGAAAUGUCUGAGCAGCUGCAGUUCGGCCGACAAUGUUUCUUAUGUCUGGUUCAAGAAUGGACAGAAAAUAAUGGAGAAGGAAACUUCUGUUUAUUCAGGGCAGUUUAAUCCUGGUGACAGCAUCUCCUGUGCUUUGAAAGGACAUGAGGAUUACCACUCUCCCAUAUUGUAUUCUCCAAUCGUUCCUUCAGUGUUGGUGACUCCGUCUGGGGAAAUUACUGAGGGCAGUUCAGUGACUCUGACCUGUAGCAGUGAUGCUAACCCAGCAGCUAAAUACACCUGGUACAAGGAGAAUAGUAAUAAAGUUAUCUCAGGAGGUCGACAGCUUGUCUUCAAGUCCAUAAAGUCCUCUGACUCUGGAUAUUAUUACUGUACAGCUGAGAACGAGCUGGGGAAGAAGACAUCUGAUUACACCUCCAUAAGAGUGAAAUAUGCUCCAAAGCUUCCCUCUGUGUCAGUGAGUCCCUCUGCUGAGAUAAUGGAGGGCAGUUCAGUGACUCUGAACUGUAGCAGUGAUGCUAACCCAGCAGCUAAUUAUACCUGGUACAAGGAGAAUGAAGCCUCACCAAAAGCAUCAGGACAGAUCUUCACCAUCACUGAUGUCAGACCUGAACACAGUGGGAAUUAUUCCUGUGAAGCCCAGAACAGAAGAGGACGUCAUAGCUCCACCUUACAUCUGAAAGUUGUGAAAGGAACAGGAAUAGCAAUCGCUGCUGGAGUAACAGCUGCUGUUCUCCUGCUUAUCAUAAUCUUCUCUGUCUUCCUAUGGACAAGGAAAAAGAGAGUCUCCAAUCAACCGUCUGAGGCUGAGGAGAGACCAGAUGACAGAGAGAGGACACAGCCAGCAGAGCAAGAUAACAUUCUGUACGCCAGCGUGCAGUUCUCCAACAACCAGGCAGAUUCUCUCUACUCCAACAUCAGAUCAGAUCAGCUCCACAGACACAUGGAAGAACAAGAAGUUACAGAGUACGCUGCAGUCAACUUUAACAGAGCCAGUAAUGCUCCGAGAACCACAGGUCAUGAAACUGGGGAAGAUCCAGCUUCACUGUACAGCACAGUCAACAAAACUUCAUGA